GUACAGGACAAGCUUGAUCAUGAAAGAACUGAAAGAUGGAAACAUCUCAUUAAGGAUCUCCAAUGUAAAAAUGUCUGAUGCAGGGAAGUACAAAUGCCUCAAGCUCUGGAAGAAUGCUCCUCGGGAGGUCACAGUAGUGAAGCUUGUUGUUGGGGCAGUCUCGGAGCCAAAGCUCUCAGUGGUUUCGGUUGAAAGAGGUGGGGUGACUGUGCAGUGUGAGGUGAACUGCUGGCCAGUAGAGCCUCAGGUAACAUUUCUGGAUCACCAAGGAAACGACAUCCCUGCUCAAGACCCAAAAAGAGAUCGAGAUGGCAGCGGACGUUUCGUCAUGAAACAAAGAGUUACUCUGCAGGAAGCAAACAGCAGCAUCACCUGCAGGGUUCACCAGCCAGAGAUCAACCAGACCAGAGAGACAAAGAUCCUCAUAUCAGCCACCUGCAGCUUUGACAUUUGCACCGCUGCCUUUGCUGCUGGAGGGUUGGCUUCUGUCUUACUUGCAUGUGUAUUAGCUCUACUGAUAUAUAAGGAACACACUAAAUCAGCCCAAAAAAAGGAGAGUCUUCACAGGAAGUCAUCAGACCAAAGAAAGAAUAGCAGCACUGACAAUAUGUUAAACAGUUUCACUGAGCAGCUAAAAGAAAGAAUGGCUGAACUCAAGUCAGAGCUUCAGGAGAAAGAAGAGAUCAUUCGCCAGCUACAAAGAAAUUAUCAGCCGUCUCGUGCUGUUGCUACACAGCAUGACCAACCAAUUUGGGGCCUUGUCACAUCCAAACCAGACAUCCCAAAAAAACCUUUCUAUCAUUAUUCUGACCUUGACUCCAAAGCCAGUUACUGUGAUGAUGACUAUAAUCCAAAAUCCACAGCUUCAACCAAAACUUACCCUCCAAAAUCUGGCAGCUUACACCACAAAGGUUCAAAUUUAGGAGUCAAGAGGCAAAACAGCAAUCCAGCACCAGGCCAACCAAUCCAAAGAAAACAUCGCAACAGAAGUAGUCCAGCUAUUAUGUCUUUAGAGUUACCUAGCCUAUCUUUAACCAGCAAUGCAGAGACAAUGCUGGACCACAUUAGCAGCUCAAAGAGUGAGGCCGAAGCCCUGCUAGAUCAAAAUGCAUUCUCGCCACUGCAUAGAAGUUAUUCAGGAGGUUCUCAUUUAGCUUGCAAUAAUAACUGCUUUCAUGCACUGGAAGAUUUAACUGAAGAGUCAUGAGCUGCCAAUUCACAAAAGGAGAACAAAAACUGGAAAACUUUCAGUUAACAUCUACUAAUGACUGCAUCUUAGCCACAUGUUUUACAAGCUUGGUUUCAGAAACUAGAAGAUAUCAACUUUGAAAUUACUUUGGUCUUAUAGUUCUUCUUUUACAAGAUUUUCAUCUGGUGGUGCUAUGGGGAAAAAUCCAUGUAAAGCAUGGCUGGCAUGCUGAUGGAUAACACUUAGACAGACAUUCAUGAACCGACUGUUUUAAAUACCUAUUAAUUCCUAUUUGCUUUUUGUAUUUUUGUUUAUGGAUGGUUAAAUGUUUUACACUAACAGUUAUUUAAAAGGUGAGAGCUGAAAAUUAAGUCUUGGGUUUUAAGCUAAUGAGCAUUAAACAUCAACUAUUUGAAUGAAUUAGAUUUGGAUGUAUUAUAUAACCAAAAUAUUUUUUUGUGUGUGUAUAUUGAUGUUUUAUUGAAUCUUAGUACCUUUAUUUUGUUUUCUGUUUUACUGUAAUGUAAAUGUUGCUUUAUGUUACCAUAACAUUUGAUGUCAAAGGUUGUAUUGAGGGUUUACAUUAUUUAAAACUGCUUUGUAAUACAAAUUUAAAAUGUUCUAUUUGGCUUAAUGUUUCAGGUUUCAAAAGCUAAAUACUUAAUGAAAUAUUUGUAUGUGUUAUAUAAACAAAAAUGAUCAUUUUCUCAAGCUUAUGCUUUGUAUGUCUUCCACACUCAAGUUCAUUGUUUAUUUCUUCAGACAAUAUUAGUCUGAAACCUGAAAGAAAAUAAAGUGUGAACACUGCUGAAGUACAGGAAACCUCCAAAAUUCACAGGGAUUACAUUCAUAGAGCACCUGCAAAUUGUGAAAAACUGAAAAAAAUGCCAAUUUUUUAUAGUUCAACCCCUAAAUGUGUAUUUGGGUGGCAUCUUUGGGCUUUAAUAGGGGAAAAGAACAUGAAAGCAUUCAGUGCAACACUUAAAAUGCUGAACUGCAUCUGCCAGAGAUGCAACAACAUGUUGCGCUGUGCAGCUGAAAAGCCAUAUCAGAAUCAGAGAAACUUCAUUAAUCCCAGAGGGAAAUUGAGCAUGUGAAAAUGAUCCAGAAAUACCACCUUCUCUGGGCAGGUUAGACAUUUCCUGAAUAUAAGUAGGCAAUGAAGUGCGAUACUCUGACUUCAAACAUGAAUUAAUUUGAUGCUAUGUGAAGAAAGUUUCUGUCACUACUCAGUUACUCACUUACAUGCAUGCACGUGAGCACACACAGUUCUUGCACAGUUUAAGAGUUUGUUGGAUUUUCUAAUCUUUAUAUUUUGACAUACCUGUUAACAGUUGAGAUGAUUUUUAAGUUCUACUGAAUCUUUAUAGUUAAGAGCAAUUUGAAAGGUAAAAAGAAUAAUACAUUUAAUAUUCAUCUGUUUUUCCUCAUCUUAUUUGGCAUAAAUUAAUUGUUUGUUUGUUUUAAUGUGAAACUGAGGAACAUUUAAAUGAUUACCUUAAGACAGAAUAAAGAAGAAGAGCACCCUCUUGUGGCGGAACUGAAACAUUCCACUGUAAAUGACGCUGUCAAACUCGUGACUGAUGUUAUUAAUCUAAUCAUGUUCUUGCCUGCCUUCUCCGAGCCAACCAGGCUCUUCUUUCCUUGCUUUAGUUCUUAAUGUUCUUCUGUCAUUCUGCCUUUCAUUCUCCAAUUCGUGCAACAAGCAUCCUCCCCAUCGCUGUCUUACCCUGGACCCAUCCAAGCUGCAAUCUUCAUCUUCACUCCCAUGUAGAGUCUGGGGAUCCUGUCCUAA